GCACCAAUUCUAUGACAUCAAACAGCCCAAUCCUCGUUAUUGGAGUUGGUGUGGAACGAACCGGGACAAAAAGUUUGCAGGAAGCAUUGGAAAUAUUGUACCGCAGCCCUUGCUAUCACUCAUCCGAAAUCGUACAAAAUCAUCCUGAGCACGUUGAUGUGUGGCUGAAGAUCUUUACAACAACCAAAACAGCUAAGAAACGGCAGAUUUUGGAGGAACUGGUGAAAUCUGUUUUCGACGGGUAUCUGGCUACGGUUGGACAUCCGGCUUGUACCAUAUACAAACAACUUUUGGACAUAUACCCUGAGGCGAAAGUCAUCAUAACGACUCGACCGAGCUUGCAGUGGCUGGAAAGUAUGCGAGAAACUGUUCUACCGAGUCGGCGACUUCUUAGCAAAGGGCUACUAAGUCGCAUCCUGGAAAGGUUUGUAUCUGUCAAAGGUUUUGGGCUCAUGAUGCACCGAUCGACAAAAUAUGUGUACGGGAAGAAGACAAGGCAAUCCAGUGAUAAGAAAAUGUUGGACGCCUUCGAGAGGUGGAUGGACGAUGUGAUUGAAACAGUUCCGUCCGAAAGGCUGCUUAUUUUCCAAGUGGAACAAGGAUGGGCCCCUUUGUGUGAGUUUUUACAACUACCCACACCAGACGUACCGUUCCCGCACAGCAACCAAAGGUCAGAGACAUUGGAUACAAUGGAUCAGCUGAAAACAGCAAAAAUGCGACUCGCUAUUCUAGUGAGCGUUGUCCCAACGAUGUGUAUAUUGUUCAUCGGUGCAAUUAUUUUGUGUGUAACAAUGAGGCCUCGAU